GCGGAAGUGCGGAGGGCGGGAAGUGCCCAGAUCUGAGGUGGACAAGAUCACGACACAAACAUGCGAGCCGCUCAUAGCCAGCGUCGGAAGGAUCAAUCUCGUCCCAGAACAAUGAACACUUAGCAGAAUCACGCCUGGCCCUUCAGGUGCGAGGCUUACCGGAUCUCAUAGUCUUCGAUUCACGUAGCAACAUCGCAUUGGGGCAAUCAACUACAUCCUGGGGUCUGAUUCUCGUCGUCGCCCUCUGUUAGCCCGAUCCGCCCGUCCCGUCUCGGACAUCCCAACAACAACUUGUUCCUCGACGACUGCCCUUUUUUCCUCCCCCACGAUUGUCGGGCCAAUAUCCUCUCCCGAAUCACUACAGUGUCUGCUUAAUUAUCCUCCGGCCUUUUAUUUUGUUUCUCCAUCUCUCCUACCUGUAAUUAUCCGUGCAAUUACCACCCCGGCCACCACGUCGGUGACGCCUACCUUUAGCCGUCGGCUCGACACAGACUCCGCAUACGAGAUCGCCUCGAGACCUCGGCUUCAACCCAGACACAAUUCCCAUCAUGUCUGCCUUGAAAACAACCACGAAUGAGAAGACCUCCACAGGGGACAAGCUCAGGAAUUUCUUCAAGAUCAACAACAAUAAGCGCCGCCUUCCUUUCGGUCGUUCAAAGACGGGCCACGAGGCGACCCAGGCCAAAUCGAACCGGAACGACGAUAGCGACGGGGCGCAAUAUACAACGCACGACGACGAAUCUCAAGAUGCGAGCGAGCCGCACUCGACACCCGCUGAUACCGAAGCUGCCAGGAGGAUAAGACGCGUGAAGAGCGAACCGUCCCAGCUUGGUCUCAUCUUUGGCUACCUCAGCGGGGGUCGGCCGGCAACAUCAGGCAGGGGGAAGGAAAAGACGCUCCUUGCCAACAAGAACGCCAGCGCCGUCGGCCUCGUCGGAACAUCAAGUUCGUCUCCGACCCCGGGCCCGUCGACGGGUGGCGGCGGUGAGUGCGUCAUACCAUCGGCGGGGGGUGAGAUUGUGGUCGUCCCUGCGCCGAAUGCUGCCACACCGCCGCAUGGUGGGCCGAAACAGAAGCUCGUUGCAUAUCACAGGACGUACAGCUCAAAUUCGAUAAAGAAAGGGCCGGUCCGGGUCGGACCCGAAGACUUUGAGAAGCUCAAGCUCAUUGGCAAGGGUGAUGUCGGCAAAGUGUACCUGGUACGCGAAAAGAAGCGAGAUAAGCUCUUUGCCCUCAAGAUGUUGGACAAGGACGAAAUGAUCCGUAGGAACAAGAUCAAGAGGACGGUGACCGAACAGGAGAUCCUUCAGGUUAUGAACCACCCAUUCAUCGUGUCAUUACACCAUUCAUUCCAGUCGCAAAAGUACCUGUACUUGUGCAUGGAGUACUGCAGUGGCGGCGAGUUCUUUAGGGCGCUUCAGUCUCGUCCGGGAAAGUGCAUCUCUGAGGAGGCUGCGAGAUUUUAUAUUGCUGAGGUCAUCUCUGCUCUUGAAUAUCUUCACAUGAACGGCUUGAUCUACCGAGAUCUCAAGCCUGAGAACAUCCUCCUGCACGAGUCAGGUCACAUUAUGUUAUCUGAUUUCGAUCUGUCAAAGAUUUCGGGCCAGGACGGCAUGCCCACAAUGAUAGUCGGUAGAAACGGCACCACGACAAUGCUCGACACACGAUCAUGUUUGGAAGGCUACCGGACCAACUCAUUCGUCGGUACCGAAGAGUACAUUGCGCCUGAGGUGAUUAAGGGUCACGGGCACAGUGUUGCUGUGGACUGGUGGACCGUGGGUAUUCUAUCAUUUGAGAUGAUAUAUGGCGUCACGCCAUUCAAGGGCAAGAACCGCAACGCGACCUUUGCAAAUGUCAUGAGGGAGGAUGUGCACUUCCCGGAUGAUCCGGAGCUUUCACCGAUGGGCAAAUCAUUCAUCAGGAAAUGUUUGAUCAAGGACGAGAACCGCCGUCUUGGAGCCAUUGCCGGUGCCGCCGAGCUCAAGCGUCAUCCCUGGUUCAGGACGACGCAGUGGGCUCUCCUAAGACAUUUGACACCACCUAUAAUUCCCGACCAAGGGCCAGAUGGCAACUUCCGCACGCUCAAGGACAGCCAGAGCGUGGACAUUGGUGGCGCAACACGAAAGGUCGCGGAUGAUGACCCGUUCUCGGCGUUUAGCAGUGUGACGUUGCACUAUGGAGAUGAUAAGUAGGCAUAAUACCCUUACGCGAACCAUGAAUACGUAUAUGUUACCCUAGAUAUCCUGUAGACCGAAGAAAAACGAGUCGAGAUGCGGCGAUGUCUCAUUUUUUUUUUAUCGGCUUAGUCAUUUUCUGCAAGGAAGAAACAUUUGUUUUGACUUUUGGUGCUUUCGAGGCGGAGAGGUGGUUGGAGUGUUGGCGAAGCGGCCUAAGUGGUUCAGUUAGGCUUGGCCUGGUUACAAGUGCGCAAGGAGCAUUGGCACGGAAAGAUAUUUGAUCGUCUAGCAAGACACAUCCUACUCAUUUAAAUUCAAAAUCGAUCGCAACAGCAUGAUGAACCUCAGGGCUGGAGUUAUCAAACAUGGCGGUUACACACCGUUCUCCCCUGAAUCGGAAUCGUACGGCAAAAGGACCAAAAAGAGGCAG